AUGAAUAAGCUAGAGGACAAGACAGUGGUCCUUAUGUCCAUUGGGGAGUUUAGAAUCUUGGUAGAGGAUAUCAAUAUUGUGGAGAGACUAGAGAGUUGUGUUAAUAAAGGUGCAGGGCAGGCAGUGGCACUCAGAGUAACAGCAGAUCGUUGUGCUUUCUAUAAUUGCAGGUUCCUUGGGUGGCAGUACUGCACUCUUGGAACAUUGUCACAUCCAUUGCAAGUCCGCAGGGUUUAUAACUGCACAGAGCAGAAACUCUCCACAGGAAAAAACAGAUGUGUUGUCACAGGUAAUGGGGGAACUUCAUAUGCAUAUCUGGGAAGACCAUGGAGACCUUUUGCAAGAGUGGUUUUUGCAUUCACUUUCAUGGAUCAAUGUAUAAAGCCUGCAGGGUGUUCUGGACCGGGUUUCUGUCCAUCCCAAAGAGUGAAAUGGGCCAGAGAAUUGAAGAAUGAAGGAGCUGAGCAGUUUCUGAGUCACACCUUCAUUGAUCCAGAAUCAGACAGAUCUUGGCUUCCUCAAAGAAUGACCUUCAAUUAUUAA